AUGUCCAACUACGGUUACGAUCCUCGAGGAGCUCCUCAACGACCACCUCAAAGGGGCUACGGCGAUAAUAACUACGGUCAACGAGAUGCUGCCUUUUCUAACAUAUUUGGCUCCGAUCCCCCUCCCGGCCGAUCUCAAACAAUGACUUCGUCCUCCUCCAUGCCUCCGUCCAUGAUGGACCCUGGCCGCACUCAGACCAUGUCCUCCAUGUCCUCCGGUAUGCAGAGGCAGCCACCGCCUCGUGCCCCCCCGGGUCAUUAUGGUGACCACCCGAACGCCGGCAGAACUCGAACAAUGGACAGCAAUAGCAUGAUGGGAAAUGGUUACUAUCCUAGCCAACGUUCGGCAUCCGGCGGACAGCAGAUGCCACCUCAUUAUAUGCAGCAACAACAACCACACCAGGCGAGACGUCCGUAUCCUGGACCUGGACCUGGCCCUGGAGGACCGGCACCUCCGCGAAUGGAUCCCAGAGGCCCUCCUCCGCAGCAAGCUCCUGGUCCCAGGACGCCAGCUCAGCGUUUUUAUCAAGGAGGACCAGCGCCCGCUAUGAACAAUGAUCCUUAUCGCUCACAAUCCCUUGCUUCUGCUCCUCGGCAGCCCAUGUAUCAUCCUCCUCCAAGCGCAUACCAGCAGGCCCCCGCAAACCACCUCCGCCAGGCCCCAUACGCGCAGCAGAGCUCGGCCAGGACCACUGCUCAAGGACGAAUCGUGCCAGAGCGUCAUGAGGAUCGUACUAUGUCUCUGACUGGCAACUAUCAACCUCAGAGCAUGGAUGCCCAUCAGACUAUGAGUGGCCGAGUUAUACCUAAUAGGCGAGCACCAACAGAGCUGCCUGCCACCAAUGGAUACCCCAACUCGAUGCCUCAUGCUCCUGGAGCACAAACCCGAACAUCCAGCAUGGUUUCGUCUAGUGGCGGCGGCGAUCACGGCAGGACAAUGUCGAUGGCCUCUACCAUAGCACCAACCAUCACCCCCUCCGAGUCAGAUGCAUCCACACUGGCUCAGCGGCCUACCAGGAGCAAGUCGAUAGAGAGCGAACGACCCCCAACUGCGACCAAAAUUCGACCCCCCCUCGUAUAUCCCGCCCUUCUGUCUCGAGUUGGAGAAUGCUUCCGCAAAAAGAUCAUUGUCGGCGACCGUACAAAGAACGAAUUGACAUACAAGAAUGCCUUCAGUGGAUCUGAAGCAGUGGAUGUUCUAUCAUACAUUAUUAGAACCACCGAUCGCAACCUUGCUUUGCUGCUGGGACGAGCGUUGGAUGCCCAGAAGUUCUUUCACGAUGUUACUUAUGAACACCGCCUACGAGACUCCCAAUCGGAAAUGUAUCAGUUUAGGGAGACACUAAUGGACGAGCCAGAAGACAAGCCUGCGGUUAAUGGUGUAUUUGUCCUUCUUUCUGAAUGUUACUCCCCGACUUGUACUAGGGAUCAACUCUGUUAUUCUAUCGCCUGUCCUCGACGCCUGGAGCAAGUUUCUAGGCUCAAUCUCAAGAUCAACCCCGGCCUGCGAAAGGAGGACGCCGUCAACGCCGUUGAUGACGAAGCGGACCAGACUGACGAGCAGAAACUUUGGAUCAACUCAGUCCCUAAGGAAGUUGCCGAGAAGGUGGGAGAUCGAGAAAAGAAGAGGCAGGAGGUCAUUUCAGAGAUCUGCUAUACCGAACGAGACUUUGUUAAGGAUUUGGAAUAUUUGCGAGACUUUUGGAUUCUACCUUUGCGAUCAAAGGCUUCGCCAGUACCUGUCCAGCGUCGCGAAAAGGUUGUCAAGACCAUCUUCAGUAACAUUAUCGACCAUCCUAGCAUUCAUACCGUCAGUUCCCGAUUUGCCUCUGGAUUGACGACUCGACAGCAAAAGGAACCUAUUGUGCACAACAUUGGUGAUAUCUUCUUGGAGUAUGUUCCUCAGUUCGAACCCUUCAUCUUGUACGGUUCGAAACAAUUGGAAGGAAAGUUCGAGUUUGAGAAUGAAAGAUCACUGAAUCCUUAUUUUGGCAAGUUCGUGGAUGAGAUUGAAAGGCGCAAGGAAUCAAGAAAGCUUGAGCUGAACGGUUAUCUGACUAAGCCAACAACCCGUCUGGCUCGUUAUCCCUUGCUACUCGAGAACGUCUUGAAGUACACAGAAGACGACAACCCUGACAAGGAGGAUAUUCCCAAGGUCCUAGUCAUGAUUCGAGAUAUCCUGGGCCGAGUCAACGCAGAGUCCGGAAAGGCUGAGAACCGAUUCAACCUUAGACGACUUCACGAACAGCUUCGAUUCAGGCCCAACGAGAGGGUAGAUCUUCGACUCACUGAAGAAGGCCGCGAGAUGGUCUUUAAGUGCCAGUUUAAGAAGACACCCACCGAUCCUGCCGAAAUUACAGCCUUCCUGUUCGAUCACGCCGUCCUCCUGGUCCGUAUCAAGCAAACAGGCAAGGCUGAAGAAAUUAAAGCAUACCGCCGACCCAUUCCUUUGGAACUUCUUGCAAUUAAGGAAAUGGAUGAAGUCAUUCCAAAGGAUGGUAACAUGAAGCGGACUUCGUCAAGCUUGAUUCCUUCGAUUCGCAACAAUGUCAACAACGAUCCAGCAAGGAAAGAAGGCUGGCCGAUAACGUUCCGCCAUCUUGGAAAAGCCGGCUAUGAACUGACGCUUUUUGCAGCGAACCAGGCGACACGCCAGAAAUGGCUUGAAUUCAUUCACACCGCGCAGGAACGUCUCCGGUCCCGAGCGGACUUCUUCAACACCACAGUUAUAUCAAGCAGGUUUUUCGCUGGUACUAACCGAGUUAACUGUGUUACGCCAUUCGAUGGUGGUCGUAAACUACUGUACGGCACAGACAGCGGUGUCUACCUCUCCGAUCGUAAGGUGAAGGAUCAGGUACCUCGCCGCGUUUUGGAGACUGCUAGUGUUACUCAGAUUGAUAUUCUUGAGGAAUAUCAACUCCUCUUGGUUUUAUCUAACAAGACACUGCAGUCAUAUCCUGUCUCAGCCCUCAAUCCCGAUGAGCCCGCAUUGUCUAGGAGGCCUAAGAAGAUCCAGAGCCAUUGCAGUUUCUUUAAGACGGGAAUUUGCUUGGGUAGACAUCUGGUCUGCUGUGUCAAAUCAUCCGCCCUUUCUACUACGAUCAAGGUUUUUGAGCCUAACGACGCCAUGACCAAGGCCAAGAAACAGAAGGGUAUAGGCAAGUUUAUGAGCGGCGGACACGAUGAACUUAAGCCGUUCAAGGAAUUCUACAUUCCCACCGAGUCGUCGUCUGUUCACUUCCUCAAGUCCAAGCUUUGCGUUGCCUGCGCUCGAGGCUUCGAGGUUGUUUCCCUUGAGACCCUCGAGACACAGUCUCUGCUUGACCAGGCUGAUACUUCGCUCGACUUUGUGGCCCGUAAAGAAGGAGUCAAGCCGAUUCACAUCGAACGACUUAACGGGGAGUUCUUGCUUAACUACUCGGAAUUCUCCUUCUUUGUUAACCGCAAUGGAUGGAGGGCUCGACCUGAAUGGCGAAUUGAUUGGGAGGGCACGCCGCAAAGCUUUGCGCUCAGCUAUCCUUGGAUUCUUGCGUUUGAACCGAACUUUAUUGAGCUUCGUAAUAUGGAGAACGGUGCUGUGCAUAUCGUUCCUCGCAAGAACAUUCGUAUGCUGCAUAGUAGCACACACGAAAUCUUGUUUGCCCACGAGGAUGACAAAGGAGAUGACGUUGUCGAGGCCAUCGACUUUUGGAAGAGCAACCACAAGUCAGAAUUACUCGGUUCAUAA